AUGUUGUCCUCUGCAGCGGUGUCUUGGGGUCCUGGACGAGAGCUGGCGAUGGAGCCGCGCGGCGCCGGCCCCGUGCAGCUGCGCUUCUCGCCCUACGCGUUCAACGGAGGUACUGUAUUGGCUAUUGCUGGAGAAGAUUUUUCUAUUGUUGCUUCUGAUACUCGAUUGAGUGAAGGGUUUUCAAUCCACACCCGGGACAGUCCCAAAUGUUACAAAUUAACAGACAAAACAGUCAUUGGAUGCAGCGGUUUCCAUGGAGACUGUCUAACCCUGACAAAGAUUAUUGAAGCAAGACUAAAGAUGUACAAGCAUUCCAAUAACAAGGCCAUGACCACGGGGGCUAUUGCAGCAAUGUUGUCCACAAUCCUCUACUCACGGCGCUUCUUUCCGUACUACGUUUACAACAUCAUCGGGGGACUCGACGAAGAAGGGAAGGGAGCCGUGUACAGCUUUGACCCCGUGGGCUCCUACCAGAGAGACUCCUUCAAGGCAGGAGGUUCAGCAAGUGCCAUGCUGCAGCCAUUGCUGGACAACCAGGUUGGUUUUAAGAACAUGCAGAAUGUGGAGCAUGUCCCGCUAUCUUUGGACAGAGCCAUGCGGCUCGUGAAAGACGUCUUCAUUUCUGCUGCCGAGAGGGACGUGUACACCGGGGACGCCCUACGGAUCUGCAUCGUGACUAAGGAGGGCAUCCGGGAGGAGACGGUGCCCCUGCGGAAAGAUUGA